AUGGACUAAUAUUAUAACUUCAAGGAAAAAUUUUUAGGAAAAGAAGGAGCCUUUGGUGAAUUCAAAGUACUCAUAGGUUUUUUCAGCGAAAGUUUUUGGGGAUUUGAUAAAAAUGCACUCCAGGAGUUAAAAAGAAGAGGCUUUAGAUAUGAUUUAGUAAAAAAAGACGAAGAAUUUAUAACAAAAUUAAACGAUUAUGAUAUCGCAUGGAUAAUUGAUGUUAAUCCUAUAGAUUAAAAGAAUUAAGAAAAACUGAUUUUAGAAUUUAUUUUUAUGGUCUGA